AUGUCCAAAGAUUCUACCAGCCAACCGGUAGCCGGCAUUCACACUUUUGACCUGCCAACCGUGUGGCUUGGUGACAUCGCGUUGUGGCUGCGCGUUGUAGAGUCCCGUUUUGUCCUCCGUCAGAUUACAGGAGAAGAUACGAAAAUUCACUAUGUUGUGACAGCACUCCCAAUGGAUAUCGCCACCGACCUUCGCGACAUCAUAGAUUGCUCGCCCACGGAAGCCCCUAAUACUGCCCUAAAGGAGGCUCUCAUUUGCCGCAUAUCCCUGUCAAGGCAAAAACGUCUGCAACGUUUAAUUUCUGAGGAGGACCUCGGUGGCAGGAAGCUUACGCAGCUUCUUAAGCGUUUGGAGCAGUUGGCAGACGGACAAAAGCUGGAUGUCACCAUGUUCAAGCAACUUUUUCUCCAACGGUUACCUCCUUCUGUGCAAGCCAUCCUUGCGCCUAGCAUUCCUUCUUCGACUGUUCAGAGGCUCACAGAGACUGUUGACCGCAUACUCGAGUACUACCAGCCUCCUGUUACGGUAAACGUUGCUAGUCGAAACACAAUUGCCCCACAAUCGAGGAUGCCAUCAAACGCCUGGAUGCCCUCACUCGAAGUUUCCCAGCUCCAGGCCACUCGUGUCUAUAACCCUCGUAGUCCUGCAGUUACUCGCCGCCCGAGAUCUCCCACUCGAAACCAACCCACAGUCGAUGGCUUCUGUUGGUAUCAUCGCUGUCCCUCUCCGUACAAGUACAAGACACCUGCGUUGGAAAGCUCCCCUGCCGACCAGUAA